AUACAUUUUGCUGACCUACUAAAAUGAAUAUCUUUCGAUUGGCUGGUGAUUUGGCCCACGUCUUCGCCAUUAUUAUUUUACUUCUAAAAAUAUGGAAAACAAGAUCCUGUGCUGGUAUUUCUGGAAAAUCGCAGAUUUUAUUUGCCUUAGUAUAUCUGACCAGAUAUUUGGAUUUAUUUACUACAUACGUAAGCCUAUAUAACUCUGUAAUGAAAGUCCUGUUUCUGGCUUCAUCCGGGGCAACCGUUUAUCUGAUGUAUGUUAAAUUCAGAGCCACAUACGACCGCAAUCACGACUCGUUUCGUAUUGAAUUUCUGCUGGUGCCAUGUCUUCUAUUAUCAUUGUUAAUCAACCACGAGUUUACUGUUAUGGAGGUUUUAUGGACCUUUUCAAUCUACCUAGAAUCCGUUGCCAUCUUGCCUCAAUUGUUUAUGGUUAGCAAAACUGGGGAAGCUGAAUCUAUCACAAGUCAUUACCUGUUUGCUUUAGGAUCAUACCGAGCUCUAUAUUUACUAAAUUGGAUAUAUCGCUACAUAGUGGAAUCACAUUAUGAUUUAAUUGCAAUUUUUGCUGGAAUUGUGCAAACAAUUUUGUACUGCGAUUUCUUCUAUUUAUACAUUACAAAAGUGCUGAAAGGUAAAAAAUUGCAGUUGCCGGCUUAAAUAGUCACAGAAC